CCUAGCCGGACGGAAAGGAGCGACGCACCGCCCUGCGCAUGCUGAUGCAACUCGGUUGACAUCGGCCCCACAGGCGACCGGGGAAGCGGCCGGUUCCGUGGACAGCGUCGGCCCAUAUUUUGGAAAUUUCCGGACAGAAAGAAGUUGCGGGAGGCGCUGUCGAUUGUGAAGAAUCACGGUAAAGAUCUUCUACACUCCUAAAAAUGGCAGACCUUCGGGAAGGCGACUUUUGCUCUUGUAAUCCACUUGAACUGUUUGAACAAGUAACCGCACAAGGAGAAAAAGUCAGAUCGCUGAAAGCAGAGAAAGCGCCAAAGGAUGAAAUUGAAGCAGCAGUUAAGUUAUUAUUGUCAUUAAAGCUGAGUUAUAAAACAGCGACGGGCCAGGAAUAUAAAGCUGGUUCCCCUCCGACAGAUUUUGCUCCGGUCAGUAAUGGUCCCGGGGAUGCUGGAGACGAAGAUCUUGUGGACCCAUGGACAGUGCAGACAUCCAACGCCAAAGGGGUAGAUUACGAUAAACUUAUUGUUCGAUUUGGCAGCAGCAAAAUUGAUAACGAUCUAAUUAAUCGGAUAGAGAGAGUUACGGGGCAUAAACCCCAUCACUUCCUACGCAGGGGCAUCUUCUUUUCUCAUCGAGACAUGAACCAAAUCCUUGACGCAUAUGAAAAUAAGAAGCCCUUUUACCUGUACACAGGCAGAGGCCCUUCGUCUGAAGCCAUCCACGUUGGCCACCUUAUCCCAUUCAUUUUCACAAAGUGGCUUCAAGAUGUAUUUAAUGUUCCUUUAGUCAUACAGUUGACUGAUGAUGAGAAAUACCUCUGGAAAGAUCUAACGGUUGAGAAGGCAUACCAGUAUACCAUAGAAAACGUCAAGGACCUCAUAGCCUUAGGAUUCGAUGUCAAUAAAACCUUCAUCUUUUCUGAUCUGGACUAUUUGGGAACAAGUCCAGAAUUCUACAAGAACAUCUUAAGAGUUCAAAAGCACGUUACGUUCAACCAAGUCAAGGGAAUUUUUGGCUUUACAGACAGUGACUGCAUCGGAAAGAUUAGUUUCCCUGCCAUUCAAGCUGCUCCAUCCUUCUGCACAUCAUUUCCACAGAUCUUCAACGAUAAGAAGGAUAUUCAGUGUUUGAUCCCAUGCGCCAUUGAUCAGGAUCCCUAUUUCAGAAUGACCAGAGACGUGGCCCCGCGGAUCGGCUACCCCAAGCCGGCGUUAAUGCAUUCCGUGUUCUUCCCAGCCUUACAAGGGGCCCAAACGAAAAUGAGCGCCAGCGACCCCAAUUCGUCCAUCUUUCUCACCGACACACCCAAACAAAUCAAAACAAAGAUCAACAAGCAUGCCUUCUCUGGUGGGAAAGACACUGUCGAAGAGCACCGGAAGUACGGGGGCAAUUGCGAUGUGGACGUCUCUUACAUGUACCUCACGUUCUUCCUUGAAGAUGAUGAGAAGCUGGAUCAGAUCAAACAGGCUUAUACAAGCGGAGCCCUUCUAACAGGAGAACUGAAGAAGCUGCUGAUCGAAACGCUCCAGCCCGUGAUUGCAGCUCACCAGCAAAGGCGAAAGCAACUCACAAGUGAAAUGGUGAAGGAAUUCAUGACUCCAAGGAAGCUGGCAUUCGAUUACUAAAUUCCAGAUGUGCAUGUUAAUUGGUCUGUAACCUGUAGCCUAGUGGAUCAACGUUAACCUUUGCAUUUUUGUUACGUUGCCACUCCCUAAUGUACGAAUUGGUGUUACCUCUUAAGGCAAUUACCUGCAUCCUCCCCAAUUGCUCAGCCUCAGCAGCUGUUUAGGAAAAUGUUGAGAUACUCCCUGUACAAUUCUGGCAUUGGGCGAAGACUCGGUUGGGCUAUAGUAAUGGAUACCAGAAUUACCUGAUGAACCUCUCUUAUGGACUUCGGUGUCUGAAAAUGCUAAAAUCGCAUUAAUUAAAAAAAAUCACAAUUCCAUCA